AUGGCGCCGCCACCUGAACAUACUCACCGGCCUCGAUCACUCAAAAUCGAUCGCAAUGAGGCUUCUAGCCGGCAGCCGACGGAUUCUAUGGUCACUGUUCCUCUCUCGGACCUCCAGCCCUGCUCUAGCAUAAGUGAUUCCUUGGAUGAUAUUUCGGACCGUCCUCGAACGUCCGCAGUUAGCUCUCAUCAGGAGACCCUGGCUAUCACAAACGUGUUGACAUUGGAUGAUGAAAUUGGCCCCAGCGAUAUAUCCGUGGUGUCCCCAACAAGGACAUCAGCCAUGUCAGCAGUGCCAGGUGAUGCUGACUCUGUGGACUGGGUGGAAUUGGAGAAAACUGAAGAACUAGAAUCCAAGUCAGGCCCAACGGACGAUGCUUCAACUGCCUUACUGUUGGCAAGGUUGGAACAGGAGAAUAUUGCACUGGCAACCGAUCCAAAAUCAGCAUCACCUAGCAACUCCAGUAAUCGACGUACCUCAAGACCACCGUCGAUCCAACAACUUAAGGACCUGGUGGCUAAUCCUCGCUCCUCUCUGAGAUAUUCGCUACUGCCAACCCCUCAAAUGACUGAGCUGGAAUUUUGGGCCGCCCUUGUUGCAGACUAUCCCCGCACGGCUCAGAGGCUUCCAACGUUGACAUCCAACAAGAUUCGAAGCGGGAUUCCUCCUCCACUUCGGGGAGUUGUUUGGCCCAGUAUUGCCGGCGCGAGAGAUGCAGAUCUUCAAGAAGAGUUUGAGCGGUUGAGCGGUGAAUCAAGCCCGUAUGAGGGCCUCAUUGGUAAGGAUAUCGGCAGAAGCUUUCCGAACGUAGAGAUGUUCAGGGACCCAAAUGGAGAAGGACAGCAGAUGUUGGCUAAGGUUUUGAAGUGCUUCAGCCUUCAUGAUACAAAGAUUGGCUACUGUCAAGGCCUUGGAUUUGUUGUGGGCCCCCUUCUGAUGCAUAUGAGCGAGGAGGAGGCGUUUUGUGUCCUUGUCAGAUUAAUGGACCAUUACGAUCUACGAUCGUGCUUCCUUCCCACUCUAUCUGGCCUUCAUUUACGUAUAUAUCAGUUUCAAGCUCUUCUCUGCCGACAUCUGCCAGAUUUGCACGCCCACCUGGACUCCCUGAGUGUUGAACCAAUUUAUGUUUCACAGUGGUUUCUGUCCUUUUUUGCUGUGACCUGCCCUCUUCCAAUGCUACUUCGGAUCUACGACGUUCUACUUCUCGAAGGUGCAUGCGAGACCCUGAUGCGUGUGGCUCUUUCAUUGAUGCAACGAAAUAAGAAGAGGCUCCUAUCAUGUCGUGAAUUCGAAGAUGUCAUGCAACUUCUGCUAUCAAGAAGUAUUUGGGACCCGUAUUGCUGUAACGCCGACGAUCUCGUCAACGAUUUUGUAUCGUUUACCUCUCUAGUAACACGGGAAAGCCUGCAACUACUUGAAAGUAACUAUCAGGAUCUUCAGGGAAGCUCAUCCAGCAUCCAUCUUCCCCAGCUUCAAGCAGUCGCUUCUCGAUUCUUAGGCCGACUUUGGUCUGGAUCAAAUUCGCACGGCUCUUCGAAAUCCCUCACUUUGAAUCCUGGGGCGCCGUUUAGCCCAUCAAUUGUUCGCCGUACUCCUUCAAAACAAAGUAUGGCCUCAACUCUGAACUCAUUCGAGUCAGCUUCAGAUGCCAGUACUGCCCCAACAGAUGUUUCAUCCGACGGCUAUAAACGGAAAAUAAAGCCAAAUCUCCCAAACAUAGACAAGGAUCUACAUACGCAAAUUGAGGAUCUUUUGAUUGCCUUGACUGAUAUGCAACGCGAGCAUGCAACUCUGGCAAAGCAACUACAAAGAGAGCGUGAAGAGCGUGAGGAAGACCAACAACUUGCCAGAUUACUUCUCGGAUAUGUCAAGAAGCAGCCAAACGAUGAUGAUACUACUGAGCUGAUUGCGAGAGCAAACGAUCGUAUCAAUACAUUUGAUCCCCCCAGGACCUCAUUACAGCCAAGCAAACAACAACUUCGAGAUGAGAUCGUCAUGUGGAAAGACAAGUUUGAGAUCGAGCUUGCUAGGUGCCAGGAUCUUGGCCGUCUUAUUGAUGACCAUGAACAUGAAAAUGGGCAACUAAAGGACCAACUUCGCGAAACCAGGAGCCGCGUUCAAGAUACGCACAGAGACAAGCAACGGCUUGAACGCAUAAUCCAGGAACUCCGAUGCCGCAAACAGCCAUCUUCUCCCGACGGCCCGAUCGCUAACAACGCUGCCGAUGACAGAUGCUCCUCGAGUGGCCUUCGUGAAUUCAAGCUUGGGAAAAAUGCAACAUCACCCAAGGCCACCACUUUUUCCAAGCGCACAAGCUCGCUUGGUGCUCCCGCGUUGUUUUUUCCGCCAGAGAACUCGGGGGAAGACUCCCUUCUCACAGAGCUUGUCAAUGCAAAAACGUCAGAGGCUCUUGCCCGCCAGGAGCUUGACGAGGUGAAGUCCAAGCUGGAAAGUCUCCGGAAGCUAGUUUCUAGGGCAGGUACGGGGUCUCCUGUAGCCAUACUAGGGACACCUCCAACAGAACAUAUCCAUUUAUCAGCAGCAUGGGGAACGUUUUCGUCACCACCUAGGGCGGCGCCAACCGCCAAUUCCGCCAGUAAUGGUGCUGGAGGUUUCUUCAGCGGAUGGGCUAAGAGAAAACUGUCAUCUGGAAAUAUAUCAAUCUCAGAGUCGAAAUAA